AUGACGGAAGAAGUCGACUACGCGAAGUGCCUCGAGGUCGCGCUCGACGCCGCGGAGGCCGCGGGCGCGGAAAUUCGCGACGCGUGGCACGCGGAGAGGGACGUGGAGUACAAGGGCGCGGUCGACCUCGUGACGGCGACGGAUAAAAAGUGCGAGGACAUCAUCUUCGCGAAGCUCGCCGCGGCGUUCCCUUCGCACGUCCUCGUCGGCGAGGAGUCCGUCGCCGCAUCGGACGGGGUCAUCCCGCCGAUGACGGAUAAGCCGACGUGGUACGUCGACCCGCUGGACGGGACGACGAACUUCGUGCACGGGUGGCCGUUCUCGUGCGUGUCCAUCGGCCUCACGGUCGGUAAGACGCCCGCGCUCGGGGUCGUCCUCAAUCCCAUCCUCCGCGAGACGUUCACCGCGAUCAAAGGCGAGGGCGCGCGCCUCAACGGGGACCCGAUAUCGUGCAGCAAAGUGUCGGACAUCGGCAGAGCGCUCAUCGGCACGGAGAUCGGCGUCGGGAGGGACGAGGCGACGGUCUCGGCGAUCAUGGGCAGAGUGCGACGUUGCGUCGAAGUCAGUCGGAGCGUCCGAUGCAGCGGCUCGUGCGCGAUGAACAUGGUCUCCGUCGCGAUGGGUCGCCUGGACGCCUUCUACGAGAUCGGGUUCGGCGGUCCGUGGGACUGCGUCGGCGCCGCGGUGAUCGUGACCGAGGCGGGCGGCGUCGUGCUCGAUCCGAGCGGCGGGGAAUUCGUCUGCGACGCGCGGCGGGUGUUGUGCGGAAACGCGUCGAUCGGCCCCGCGUUGGUGGACGCGCUGAGGGGGAUCGAGGACGGGCCGCUGGAGCCGCGCGCGCCUCGUUAG